AUGUUUUGCACAUUAAGGUGCACUUAUUGCCGCCAUGCGCAUAAUCAGCACAAAUGGGCCGAGAUUCGAUCCAAAAUCGGCCACUACGUCUACAGUGAUCCAGAUGAUGAUUCCGUGCUGGCCAGAACGGAGCACCACCAGGUGCAGAAUCUCAUCAACUGGUCCUGGACCAAGGGUGUGAAUUUCGAAUGCAUUUUGGGCAUUAUUGCCUUAAGGCUGUUGUCCUUUGGCUACUCAGAUCCCCUCCAAUUCAACGUCUACGAUGAUCCGAAUUUUGGAGUUCUGGACUUCCUGGAUACCUUCAAUGCUCAUUCAGGCGCCCUGGAUUUGCUGACCUCAUCCUGGGCGGCAUUGCUGGCCGGGGGAUGGCCAGUCUUCAAGCAACUGCACCUGGUAAGCAAAAAGUUGAUAGAUGUUAUGGAUGACAGGCCAAUGAAGUAUCCAAACCUCCAAACACGUCCCAAUGAAUGUGACGAAAUGGACGCGGAAGAGGACUUGAAUUACCGCGAUGCUGUGGUCCAUGGACUGAAAUCUGGUGAGAUGCCGGCGCUCGGCGUCCACCUCCUGGCGAUCCGCCGUUCUUCGGGCUGCCCAGUAGGCACCGCUGUGGCUUUGCUUGGAGUCGCCCUGGAAAUGAUCCGCAGCCGCGGGAUGUACCAGGGCUCCCUGAAAGACUCGGGGAACUUGGUCUAUGCCUUGAUCCUGACAGCACAGGUGGAGUUUGGAGCACGCAAACCGGGCAUGCUGAAUAGCGCCGUGCUGCGGGAGUUCUGCGGCUGGGAAGGUGUGCUUCUGGACUCUCAACCUGGCGAGACACCGCACGGUGGCUGCUCAACGCCUAUCAAAGCAUAUCAAUCCGCCGCUCUGAGGUUCGUGACAGCUGAAAACAUUGUAGAAUUGUUCAAGAAGUACAGUGUACCACAUGACUUUGAUCUGCUCACGAUCGACACGGACUUCAAUGACUACUGGAUUUGGCGCGCCUUGCUGAUGGAUGGCACCUUUCGACCACGGGUCGUAGCAGUGGACUUCAAUCCUGACAUACCCUUGCAUGAGGCAAAGGUUGUGAGGCCGGUGUGGAUGUGUUCAGCUGGCACAUUGCCAAAGAUGCAAUCUUAUGGUCUUGAAAGAUCACAUUUGCCUCCCAAUAUCUUUUUUUCUCCGACUCGGGCUCUUUCUACAGGGAGUUUCUGUGGUACAGUUGCGCUUUUGGGAUGCCAGGUAUUCUGCGAUGGCAGAGUGGGAUGGCACCAUUUACACUGUGGGUGGGCAUUCGUGUGGCAUUCAUUUGGUGCACUUUCAUUCACAAAGCAUCGACAGUUUUACUUCGAGUCUUAUCCCAAGCUGCUUGUAGUUGCCGCUUUGAGUUCUUUCUAUUUUUCUGUCUAUUUUGUUAUUGGGUGUUGGAUUCUCUUCAUUUGUCAAUUAUUGGUUUCGGCGCAGGGUCACUUCUGGCUUAUGCCUUGA